AUGCAUAAUCAAAAGAUUGCAACUAAUAAUGAUGAAUCUAAUUGUGAAGAGAGACAACUUGUAGAUCAGUCUAAGAAUAAUGAAUAGCAAUAAGAAAUUUAACGAGUUAGUGAUUCUAUCUUAAAUGCCACAAAUUUGAAUGAAUAUGAUUAUUACAAUUAUCCACCAAAUUUGGAAUAAGCUGAAAUACAUAGACAAGCAUAUUAUCUCUGUCCUGAUCAAUAUGUACUCGAUCAUUAUACAAAGGAGUCUUGCGAAUGCUGCAAGUAAAUAUCGUGUAUUAAUGAUUAGCAAAAAGUUCCAUCGCUCUCCCUUUAAUUGGAUAUUUGGAGAUUUGUAUGAAGCAACUGUUGAUGAAUAUGGAUUAGCAGCUCCCCUUUACUUUACUAUAAUUAAAUUCUAACUCUUAGUAUUCAUAAUAGUGUUUUGCAUCUAUGGAAUAUUUUUCAUUAGUGAGGUUCAUCGAAUUUGUAAUUCAAAUCCACAAUUAAAUUGUGAUGUUGACAAUAAUGAUUUGUGUAGAACUUGUGAAUUCUAGUAUUCGUAUGGCUUUAUUGACAUUGUGACAAUUUAGGAAUAUUUGCAUUAGGAGAAAGGUUCGCACUACCAAUGGUUUUAAGUAUCAGCAUUUUUAAUAUUUCUAAUAAAUUUGCAUUUGCCAUUCUUUUAUGAUCUUCUCAUCACUUAUAUGUAAGGAAUUCAAAUAAUACCUAAGAUAAUUUAAGUAUUGGAAUCGAGAUCCUUACAACAAACAGAAUGAAACUAUUAGUUCCAUCUACAUUAGAGGAAUGAGUUCANGCUAUUUAUCAUUAACCCAAUUUCCUUAAUAUUUUGGACCUUCAAUAUGCUAAUAUAUUCCGUAACCAUUAGCCAUAUCAUCUUACCAUUCCCCUUCAUAAACAUCACCAUUUGCAUGA